UUUUGAGUAAGCAGCAGUCCCCCCAGGACGUCUCCUUCACAGUAAAACCACUGACGUUUUUUUCUAAUUUGACGCUGUAUAACGGUUUUCUGAGAGGUAUUUUUCAGAACAUGUAGGUCAUUCUUCAAUACUACGCCAAUUUUAUCAACCAACAAGCAGUAAUGUUGCUGCCAUCCGACGUCGCUCGGCUUGUUUUGGGGUAUCUCCAAGAGGAGGGACUGUCCGCAACAAGCCAGGCUUUCAUUCACGAGAGCCCCAAUCUGAAGGAAUAUGCCGAGCACACCACAGCAGAUGGGACUAUUCCUGCUUGUGUAUUUUCUGUUUUUGGAAAAGGCCUAACAACCAUCUUAAAUGAGUAUGUGGCUGCCAAAACAAAAGAGUCUAGUCAUGAGGUCCCUGCAAUGAUGACCUCAUUGUGGAAGAAGCUGGAUUUUACACUCAACCAAAUCAAAUCAUUGCAGAAUUCCCCAGCUAUAUCAGCAUGUCAGAGAACACGUUCACGCCUUGGAGUGGCCAACAUGGCUAGACAGCGGGUCCUGACUGUGGCCUCAUCUGGUGGUGUCCUCUGUUCAUCGGUUUCUGAAACGAGCUCCAUCAUCAGCCCCGCGCACACCUCCCACAGCAUGCUCGGCCACUCCACUCCCGUGAGCUUCUCCGCUCCGAACCUCAGACUGGCUCCUGGCAGUGGCACACAUCAGCAAAUCCAUGAUGGCAGCCGAUUACUAAAUACACCUAGGGAUUCACCGGUGCAGAUCAUUGUGUCAGAGCACCGGCUAAAUCCAGGUCCGAUGUCUCCUGGGCGACGGAAAUGGGACACCCCCAGAAAGAGAAGUGGUGCUCUGAGUGGGUCCAGUGGCCCUGGCAGAUCUGCAACAACUGUCAGCACCCUCAGUGCAGAACCCCAGCCUGAGGAGGUUGUUGAUGAAAAUUUCCCUCAACUUGUGAUACAAAAUGCACGUGACAAGAUACUGGGGGAUAGAUCGUUACAAGAGAAGCUUGCUGAAAACAUCAACAAAAUCCUCGCCAAUGAGCCAAUGCCCCAAACAUCAAAGGCCUCUUCAACUACAGUGGAGGCAGACCAGUCUAUAGAUGAAAUCCUAGGAUUACAGGGAGAAAUUCACAUGAGUGAUGAUGCAAUCCAUGACAUUUUGGAGCAGACAGAGUCUGACCCAGCUUUUCAGGCCCUCUUCGACCUUUUCGAUUACAAUAAAUCCAAAUUCCCUGAUGGGGAACCAGGGGAAGGAGAUAUUAGCAGUAGUCCAGAAGAGAGUGACACUGCUGGAUCUUCAUCUACAGUCAGGCCCCUUCAGAGUGAUGACCCAGGCACUACACACAGAGAUACUAAUGUUUCAGAUACAACCCCAACAACAGUGAAGACGAGAGCUGGGCAAGAUCGUAAGACCAGAAAGUCUACUGCUCCCACCUUGUUAAAGAAAACGGUUCUUGCCCCCAGCAACAGAGCAUCCAGAAUUGAAAACAGUUCAGCCAAAUUGUUAGUGAGUCACAGGGACCAUCGAGGUGUCUCAUCUGCUGCAGGGGACUUAAAUAGAAAAGAAAGAGUCUCACUCUUCAAUAACAGUGUUGGUGUAUCACUGAUGGAUAUUGAUGAACCAUUGAAUACACCUCCCCCUCCUUCAGACAGUUUAGCCACUCAGGAGCCUGCCACAAAGGACAGCACCUCAGCCACAACUGGCCUCUGUGAAACAACCACGGUUCCCUCAUCAAGAGCCUCUGCUGCAUUUGUUGCUCCUUUAGUAACAUCAGCCUCUAAUGUGGACAAAAGACAGGAGCAUAAACAAGCACAAGGACCUACAGAGCAACCUGCUACAGCCCCCUCUUCAGCUCUGAGUAAUCAACCUGCUUUUUUGUCUCCUGUACAAGUUGAACUGAACAACACUCCAACGCUGACAGCUGACCUAUCUCAUAUGCCAGUUUCAAGCGGUGGAGGAUACACUCAGCCAGUGUUGACUCAGUCAGAAUCUGCCUCCUCCUCAUCUGCUUCUUCAGAUUUAACAGUUAUAGCUGUGCCUACCUCGUCAUCAGCCUCCACUGCUGCACCAUUCACAGCAAUGUCUCGAUCACCUAUAUCUGCUUCUACCUCUACAACUCUUACAGCUGCCCCUGCCUCAUCCGCACCUGCCUCGCCCGCAUCUCUCUCCUCCUUUGCCCCAGUUGCAGCAGCAGCAGCACCUGAUCCCUCAUCCACCAACCCUGGCAAGGCUGCAGCAGAUUCCAGUAAUAUAGUUUCUUUGAAGAUCAUUAUCAGUGAUAACCAGGAUGAGGAUUCUUCUAGUGACACUGCCUUGAAUCAGGCAAUUUCCAGCAUUUCUGGGGACAAGAUACCCACCAUAUAUCUUUCCUCCCCAGCAAAGUCUCCUGGAACUGGUACUGGAACUGGUACUGGCCCUGGCACUCCGAAGGCCAACUUGGAUGAGGCAGCACAGGCAGUUAGUGGCUUACAGAGCUCUGAGGCACAUGCUAGUCCUCUUAGCAGUAAGGCUGGGGCAUUGGUUGCAUCUCCUUUAACAGGGACAUCACAGGCCCAGCAAAGCUACAUAAUUCAGCUACCCCUGGACACCAGUAACCCCGCUCUCCAAGGAGCCACUGCCAGCUACUUCCUCGUGACUGAACCUCCAACUACAGAUACUCAAACCAGACAGGUGCUGCUGCCUGCUGGUGUCUCAAAAGGACCUGCCAACCAGUUUGGGGUGACCACACCAACUCGAUCUCAAGCCUAUCCCACUGGGUCAGCAAUCAUCGUACCAUCACCUGUUAAGCCCAUGAUGCUUCCUAUUUCUGUUGUGGGCCAGAAUACUCUGGGGAACGUCCAGAUGGUGUCCAAUCAGCUUGUUGCCAUACCAAACCCAGUGCCAGUACAACAGUCAGAAAGUGUCAAGGCCAAUCCUCCCACAAUGGCAAACAAACAACAGUCUACAACUGCUGGCACUGAAGAAAAUCUGGUUGGUAAGGUAAUUCAACCUGUGACAGCUGAAAACUCAGGGCAGCAGGAUGCAUCAAAGGGUUCUAGUCACAGGAGAAUUUUAUGUUUUGAGUCUUCUGCAGACGUCCAACCACAAACCUCUAAAACAACACAAAUCACCACAACCUACAUACAUACAUCUACAUCACAACCUGUUCAGCAGCCUGAGAAAAGCAAUACACAGCAGGCCCCUCGGACAAAGCCUACUAUCCUGGGUGGCAACAAGCCCAAGAGGAGGGUAGAGACUGUCCGAUGCCCAGCAGAUCACCAGACUCCAAGAGGCUUAGUGAAGGAGGCAGAAAAGUCCAUACCUCCACAACAGCACCACAAAGAUCUUGUUAAAAAGAAUUCUCGCAAACAAGAUCACAACAUCCACAGCCAAAAGUCUCAAAGUGCAAGCACCAGCAGGGUUGAUUCAUCACAGCCUGAGACUUUGAAAAAGUCAGAAUCAGGAAGGAGGUCGAAAUCUAUUGACAGGAAGCACAAUCAUGAUAAGGGUCAUGAUGAAGCAAAAGCUAACGAUCAUCACAACGCUAGAUCAUCAUCUUCUGAUUCUACACUGAAGUCAGGAACUAGAAAGGAGAGAGAGGAGAGCAGCAGGAAGGAACCUGCAGAAAAAGCUGCUGCCAAAUCUCGUGAGGGCCGUACAGAAAAGAGGACUCCCUCUCAGGAGAUGCCAAAUGUGACGGCUAACAAGGAGAAUGAAAUGAAGGGCAGCAUGCAAGAGCAGCAACAGCAAUCGAUACCUUCAUCCUCAGCAUCAAGAGAUUUUAGCCCUCCAGCUGCCUCACAAUCUACAUCUAAUUCUCAGUCCAAGGCUGCAAAAGCCCCCUCCAAGACCAGUUCUCUGGCCAAACAGGCCGCUGAGAUGCUGCAGGACAUCCAGGGACUCAACUCUCCUUCCACCCCAGUCAAAAGGCCCGGAGCAGGCAGUUCAGACCUUAGUCUGACCCGGACCCCUGGGGCUGGGUGUAACCAGGAGGAGUCUGCUGACUGUAUAAGGACUCCUUCCCGUCAGAAAAAAGACAAAGAUGCAGAGGGGACUCCCAAGCGUCUCAUGCCUCCCAACACCCCGGAUGUCCCCACCUGCAGCCCAGCCAGUGAGGCUGGCAGUGAAAACAGCAUCAACAUGGCCGCUCACACACUCAUGAUUCUGUCACGCGCUGCCAUCGCCAGGACAGGCACUCCACUGAAGGACAGUUUGCGUCAGGACGGAGUGGGAGAAAAGUCGCCCACAAGCUCAAAGAACUCUAAGAAACGCAAACAGUCUUCUCCCACAGACAGCCCGCCUGCAAAGAAAGACUCAAAACGAUCUCCCAGCAAAAAGAAAGACCGGGAGAGGAAGAAACUUGUUGACUGUUUUCCCCAUGACUUGGAUGUGGAUAAGUUCCUGUCUUCACUUCACUAUGAUGAGUGAAACCAGACACACCAACAGGGAAGGACUACCAUAUCACUACCUGCUUAGGUUACUAUCCAGGAAUAGAACAAGCCAUCUGCUAAACUAGUGCCUAUGGUUCCUAUUAGUAACCUUGCGUGAGACCUUUUAAGCUGCAAUGUCUAAUUCAGCCAAUGAGGAACUUUGAUUUAGCUAACCGGUUCCCAAUGUGGGUGAUCUGCAUUAGAUCCUGUUUUAUGCAGCAGUUGUAGGGCAACCAUGGCACUUUGUUUUAUUGUUUAUCCUCAUUUUCACCUCUGUUUUAAUCAUCAUUGUUUUGUACAACAGAACAAAUACACGUGUGUUUUUGGACACUUCGUCAUAGUGGGUGCUGGUUGUCAAAAUGGGUGAUUUAAAGCAUUUCCUUGGUCAAUAUUUGACUCUAGUUUGAAGAAUCCAGCUAUCACUGACAGUAAUUUUAGUAACACUGAAUGAAGAGCUGUUUAUGUUCUGAAAAGUCUGAUUACCUGAACAAUAAAGUAAUGUGAAUAUAAUGAAUAUAAUAUUUUGUGGCAUACACAAGUAUAGUUUUUUCCCCUUUUUUGUUGGUAGAAUACAUAUAUAUUCAGUGUGAAAAUGACUGCAACUGUUCCAAUUUGCAUACUCAGGCUUCAUUCAGUGUUGUAAUAAAACAAAGAAACAGU